UAGCAUGCCAACUGCAGAGGAGAUCUUUGACAAGCUAGAAGGCGCGGUCAUAUUCUCGACUUUAGAUAUACGGCAGGGAUUCAACCAGAUAGCGAUAAAAGAAGGAGACAAAGGCAAGACGGCCUUCCAUGGAGCUGAUGGCCUAUAUGAAUGGAACGUGAUGCCGUUUGGGCUGAGGAACGCAUCAGCCGUGUUUCAGAGAGUCAUGGAUCAAGUGCUGAAGACAGUGCCAGCAGCAGCAUGCUACAUAGAUGACGUGGUGAUUUUCAGCAGAAGCAAAGAAGAGCAUGCUGAACACCUGAAGGCAACACUGGAUGCUAUAGCAGCCGCAGGGCUGACCUGCCAUCCAGAGAAGUGCAAAAUAGCCAGAAAGACGGUGGCCUACCUGGGAUUUGAGGUGCAAGGCGGGAAGAUGGGGAUCCAAGAGGCCAAGGUAGCGGUGCUGGACAAGCUGGGGGCACCAAAAGACAAGGGAGCCCUGAGAGCACUCCUGGGGUUCUUGAACUACUACCGGCGCUUCAUCCCGAACUUCAGCAAGAGAGCAUAUAAGCUGAAUCAACUGCUGAGGGAGGGGCAGGCAUGGAAGUGGGGACCAGAAGAGGAGCAGGCAAGAAGAGACCUGUUAGAGGCCAUCAAGGCAGGGACGGUUCUGCAGCUGCCAAAGAAAGACGCGCCAUUCACAAUCUACACGGAUUGGAGCAGCAUGGGCAUGGGAGCCGUACUGUGUCAAGAGUUGGGAGGAGAAGAACGAGUGGUGGCGUACGCCAGUCGAAGCUGUACAGCAACGGAAGCUAACUACAGUUCAUACGAGGGUGAAGGAUUGGCAGCAGUGUGGGGAGUAACCCACUUCAGGGCCUACUUGCAAGGGCGCAAAUUCACGUUAGUAACAGACCACCAGCCGCUCUUAUGGCUGAUGACUAACCAGACGCUGACGGGGCGGAAUGCACGAUGGGCAAUGAGAUUGCAAGAAUACGAUUUUGUCAUCAAGCACCGCGCGGGCAAGACGCUGCAACAUGCUGAUGGUCUGUCCAGAAACCCUCCACCCGAAGAGGAACAGCAAUGGGCGGCAGCCGCAAUGCAGCAGGGAGAGAAAGAUCUGGCACAAGAGGCGAAGGAGCAAAGAGCAGAGGACAUCUGGCAAGACAAGGAGACAUUGCACUGGCCGGAAGAGAGAGAGCGUAUCGUACAGCAAGUGCAUGAGAAGCUGGGGCAUUAUGGGGGAGCCAGGACUAGACAGCUAUUACAAACCACUUACUGGUGGGCAGGGAUGAGAAGAGACGUAGCGAAGUGGGUGCAGGGGUGCGAGGCAUGUCAGCGGAACAAGGCAGCACUGGAGAAGGGAAGGGAAGAACUGCAGUCUCUGCCCAUACGGGGCUUGGGAUUCAGGUGGUCCUUGGACCUGGCCGGUGAACUACCAUUAUCCAGACGAGGGAAGAUGUACAUAGUGGUGAUGAUAGAGCACACGACCAAGUGGGUGGAGGCAAGAGCCAUCGCCAGCAAGAACAGCGGGUUGAUAAGGGAGGCAUUUCUGGAUCAAGUACUCACCAGAUAUGGCGCCUGCGGGGAAGUGCUGACAGAUCAAGGCACGGAGAAGAAUGGUGCGAAAUAACCUGGGGGCAUAAAUCCUAGAAAUCAGA